AUGCUACUCGAAUUUUCCAUGCGGCCCCUUCCCUUCAUCGUUCGCAGCGCCAGAAAUACAAACGUCCGGAGACGAUCUAUACACAAAUGUCGUCCAGCCAGAUUUAUGAUAUUGAUGCCUGCUAUAUUUCCACUCAUUAGUCGGAAAGCGGUCACUCGAUGGAAGAAAAAGGAGGGUGAACCAUUCUCGGCAGGCGAUGUUCUUUUGCAGAUUGAAUCGGAUCUCACCUCACUGGACGUAUGUGCAGAGUUUCCUGGGGUGUUGGGAAAGAUCUUGACUCCGGAUGGGAGUACUGAUGUCCCCGUGGAACAGGUUAUCGCACUCGUCGCAAAAGACCAAGAAGACUUUGCAAACAAUCAGUUCAUUCAGCUGACGUCAACGCCGUCAACCAAACCACCGUCCUCGAAUGUUACAUCCACCUCAGCUUCCAAUGUGUCAGAACCUAGCUUUCGGUUCCGUACCCACCUGCGUUCUCGGUAA